GGUUACUUCUGGUUCGAACAGCCUGGACCUAACCAUACCCAAAAAGCCGUGCAGCACAAUUCUCCACAGACGAUCCAACUGGCGGACCGCGUCUCCGGUUGGAACGUCCCAUAUGCCAUCGUGGAAGAAGAACUGAGACGACAGAAUUCCUCCACGAUCGAUUUUGCCCUGUGUCUGGGUGCGACGGCUUCGGAACGUCUCGCCCUGCGUACCAAAGCCAAGACGAACCCUUCUGCUGGUCCCCUUGAGAAAAAGGAUGAAGUUGUCGCCAACGUAAUCUGGCGAUUCCUGGAGUUGCGAGGGUUCUUAAUGAACACACAUACCCAUUCCCCAUUGGCCCGUGCAAUGUACACCGCCAUCAAACAAGCCAAGGUAAAUGACAAAUUUCAAGACCCGCUCUACUUGUUUUUGGAGCUAGUACGCGCGGGUGUAAUGCACGGUCACCUAUGGUCCAGCCGAGCAUUCAGCGGCGGACCAAGUUUCGGCACAGAUGACGAGAAGACGUGUAUGUUGCUGGUGAUGCGGGUCCUGAGCAUUGUUCCCUUGAACUUUAAGUCCCAGCCCUGGUCUGCCCCUCUAUCACGAGAGCUGCUUGUAUUCAAUUCGUUUGUACGGUCUCUCACACGAGCCCUACGGACCCUCCUUGAGGUGGCAUCGCUGAAUAUGCUUCUCCGUGCGGAUGCUCGACGCGCCCGGGAUGAUCUGUUGGAUAUAACGCUAUCUCUGCCGUUCCAGACGGAGGUGAACACCGGAUUUGGAGUUCUUGCCAAGGUAUAUCUCGACGCACUCACACACAUUAACAAUGGCACCAGGGUUCGUGACCCCCAGGCUGAGGGCGUCAAGGAGGCAAAGAUGCUAGCACUUGAAAUCUGCGAGGAAACGUUCCCUGGCGUCAAAUCUCCCAAGUCGGAAGUUGAGCGCGGAUUCCGGUUCUGGGAUGUGGCGCUGACAGCGAUGCGACAAUUGCAUUCAGAAGGCGCAGUUCUACGGGAGCUGAUUGACCAAUUUGAGGCAGCCGAGGCAUGGCUAGCACCGAUGCGACCAUGA